CUCGGGGACGGAAGUUGCCUUUCUAGUUGCUGCUCCCUGAAUGCCAGGCGAGAGCCAGCAAUAACUUUCCACUCCGCGCUUAUCCUCUUUUUAGACGCCCCGCGCUCUCACACAGGAGAAGGCAGGAAGCUUGGGACUCAGCUAGAGUGGGAGUCCGGCGUGAAUGAAACACCGCGCGCCAACCAAUUGGCCCAGCAGAGUAGACGCCCGCCAUCUGCCCCACCGCCAGCUGCAAUUUAAUUGAGUUGAGCAGUUUCAUUCAAGGCAGCGCAAGAGCCGCUUUUCAAACUAACUAUGGCUACUCAGUCCGGGGACUACAAACCCACCAGCGGGCAAAAAAUUAAGGGUCGCGCUCCCCAACCACCUCCCACUGCUCGUGACGUUAAUGAACAUAAAGUAAUCCCAACCCUAGAAACGUGGUCAGAUCAGAAUGUCUUAACUAUGAAGGGAAAUCUGAUUAAAACCACAUUGGACAUUCUCGUAAUUUUUCCAAAUGGAGAAGAAAAGAAAAUUACUGUACAUGGGAGCAAACCUGUGAUGGAUCUCUUUGUAGACUUGUGCAGCCAGUACCAUUUAAACCCAGCCCAUUAUACUUUUGAAUUGAAGUCUGGGGAGACCCAACAAUCUUUGAGUUACAAGCCAAAUACUUUGAUAGGGACAUUAGACGUACAGAAGGUACUUCUAAAAUUCAAGGUUCCUGAAGAAAAAAAAAUCAAACGGCCUCCACCUAGAACCCCAGAGAAAACGGUGAGGCUUGUAGUAAAUUAUCUGAAGACACAAAAGACAGUAGUUCGAGUGAGUCCUGAAGUUCCUCUUCAGAGUAUAAUCCCAAUCAUUUGCGAAAAGUGUGAAGUUAGUCAGGAAAGCAUUGUUCUCUUAAGAGAUACUUUCACUGGAGAAAAACUGGAAUUGACAAAGUCAUUGAAUGACCUAGGGAUAAAGGAGCUUUAUGCCUGGAACAAUAAAAAAGCUGUUCCAGCAAAAACUCACUCUGAACCUACUAUGAACUAUAGAGAAACAAAGACAUCAACUGGUGGUGACACAUCAGUAAAGGAAAAGAAAGGAUUUUUGGGAUUUUUUAGGACAAGUAAGAAAAACAAGUUUCAGGCCGAAAAAGCCUCAAGAAGAAGCCUAGAUCUGGGUAGUGGAGAAUUUUUAAAAUCCAUGUUGUAUCGUAAACGAAGCCUUGAUGAAACAAUGAUAGUGGAUUCUUCACGAAAUGUAUGUUCUGAAAUGGUGGCACCAUCAUUAUCUCUUGGGAAUAUACGAGGGACAACUUCAAGUAUUGAAAUGAAAAAACGGCGAGCACCUCCCAUACCUGCAAUUCCAUCCUUUUCUGGUGGAGAAGCUGACAGGGAAGAAAAAAUACCAACCCCGAUGUCUCAAAGUUCAGUGCAACUUGAAGUAAAAAAGCCAAAGAGACGUGCUCCUCCUCCACCAAUUCCUAAAAGGCCAAACAGAUUUGAAGAAAUCGAAAGUAAAAGACAAAGUACAAUCGGUAUUGAACAACAAGUGCCUCAAAAGCCUCCUAGAGGCAACAAACGAGAUCCACCCCAGUUAGUGAUUCCCCCACCCCCAUCAUACCCUCCUCCUGACAAAGAUACUAUGGACCCAGCUGCAUUGUACAAUGAAGCAGAUGUUACAGACCCAACCCAGUUGGUAUCUAAAAGAAAUGUCCAACUUUCACAUACUUAUAAAGAAGACACUGUAGAAGAAACCAACCCUUUUAGCAGUUGUUCUAUGCCAGAAUGCAAUAUAGAUGAUUCAAAAAUUAUUAAUUUACCCCCUGUUAUUGUACCACUGGCUUUUCAAAAUGAUGGCAUAAAUUCAACAGACAAAUCCAUUGAUGUAGAGAAGACCUCGGCUGAAAUAGAUUCCGUGUUGGUUGCAAAAGAAUGUUCUGUAAAUAAUGCUUCCUUUAAAAAUAAUAAAUCUGAGAAUAUUAAACAAAGGGCUGAUGGCAGAAUGAUGGAAGCCAAAACUGAGAAUACUGAUAUGUUUAUGGUUGCUGGUAUACAAAAAUUUCAACUUGCACUAGACGAAAGCCUAGCAGUGACGGAAAAUAUACGUAAUGAUUCCAAAAGCCAGUCGGUUAUCUUUGAGAUGAAAGAUGCAUCCAGCCCACUGCUACAAAAAGCUAAGAAUCCUUCUGAUGUUUCAUCUCCUGUGCCAGUGACAAUUAUUGAUGAAGUUCCAGAAAAUUAUACUAUUGCUCACUCCAAUACAGAAGAAGAAACUAGUGAAAAUAUUCCAGUUAAAUUGGCUGAUCUAGUUAAAUUUUUUGACAGAAAUAUAAAUAUUGAAUCUGUCAGUAAGGAAUGUGUACGAACAUCUUCCUAUUCACCUAAGAAUUUGUUACAAAAAUUUUCUACAGAAAAUACUUAUGAAAAUAUCAGUGAUGAACUUAAUAAAUCUCAUCUAGAAUUGAAAGGUGCAUCAGUAAAAAACCCUGAUGAAGAAGAAUCAACACAAUUUCCAUGGCGUGGUAAUAUCAAUAGAAGUAAAAUCUAUCGCUCCAAAACUGGCCUGACAACUUUUACAGUAGUUCCUCCCAAACCCAAAAUAAGAGAUUUUAACAGAAAUCAGUCCCUUUACACAGAUGCUAUUCAGUUAGAUGAGCUGGGUAACCUAGUGAAACUAAAUAAUGGUUGUGCUAGAAAAAUUAUAGUAGAUGGAACCUCUAAAGUAACUGGUUUUGACAGAGGUAAAGAAUAUAAGAGGUCAAAUUCUAUAGAAAAGCAAACUGAAGGAUUAUCAUUAGACCAUUCUGUUGACGCAGACAACUCCUUUAAUUCCAAACAACCUAAUAAAAUGUUCAGUACUAAACCUGAUUGUAUUAAGAGUCUGAAAACAGAAACUUGGCCAAUAGUUACUGCCAGUAAUGAAAAUAUUGUUGGACCAGAUGAAAUAAAAGUCCUUAGUAAUACUUCACAGUUUUCAGGGAAAACUAUUUUAGCAUGUGCGAUCAGUAGAAAAGAUUUCAUGUUUCAGAUGCCCUCAAAACAAUCAUCAAAUGAUCAUUUAACCACAACUGUUGCCAAUUCCAAUGAUAUAACCCAGUUUGAAAUCAUUCAAGAAAAGCAGUAUGAAGAGCUAAAUAAAACAGAAGGAAUGAAAACUGAAAUAGAGCCAAUUUCCAAAGGAUGUACUAUUGCAGCCAAAUAUUGCCCAGUGGAAACAGAGCCAGCAAAAACAAAAGAACUGUAUUCAACUACCUUCAGUUGUAGUAAAAAUGUGUCAAAUGCCAUUUCACCUUGUGCUGAUCCUAGGAUAUCAAAUAUCAAGGCACUAAAACAUAACAAAUCUAAUACUAUUCGUGGGACAGUUACUACAUUAACAUCUAACAAAAACAAACUCUCGGAACAGGAACUUGUCUAUAAUUUACUACAAGAUGUAACAGAUAGAGAAAUGACUCUUGCAGUAAUAAAAAAGCCAUCUGAUCAGGUUAGCUCUCCCUUUUUUCUUAGCAAACCUAAUGCUGAUUCAUCUGCCACAAUAUUUAGCUCCCACGUGAAAUCAAGCGAUAUACCAUCAACAGCAAUGGUUAACCAAAUAACAGAAAAAUAUGAGAAUCUUGGUAAGGCAGAAAGUAAACUCUGUCCUAAUAGACUAGAAGACAACAUCUACGAUAUUUUUGGGCCAAAGAAGAAAUUUAAGUCAGUCAUCCAGAAGCCACCUCCAAAUGAUACAUCACUACAUAGUGCUUUAAUGGAAGCCAUUCAAAACUCAGGAGGAAAAGACAAGCUUCGAAAGAUUUCAUGUAGUACUAUAAGAGGAAGUCCAAAAGAGUCAAAGUGCAUGGAAACGGAGACUGGGCAUUCAGCUCUUUUGGCAGCUAUUAGAGGGCACAGUGGACUCUCAACAUUAAGAAAGAUUUCUUCGUUUGCUUCUGAUGAGUUGCAGAGAUUCCGAAAUGCAGAAGUCUUGAAGAAUAUAAGCAGCUCGGCAAAAGAACAAUACGGUCCUUCCCCACCACUUCCUUUGCCAUUAUCUCUUGCACAGUUCAGAAUGAAAAAAGGCCAUUCUCUUCCAAGAAUGAAAGACAGCCCAGGAAAUUCAAGGCAGGCCUUAAUGGCAGCCUUAACUGAAGCAAUCCAUUCAGGAGCUGGGAAAGCACGAUUAAGAAAGGUGCCUCAUUGUGAAAAAUCCUACGACGCUGAAACAUUGUGAUAGAUUAAAAUGGUCAUCCCUCAUAGAAAGAAUGCAAGUCUCUUCCCAGUUUGUUUACAAGCAACAUUAAUUAUCUUUGUGGUCCUCUUGAUUCAGUUUAUGUGCCAAGGGUCUAGGAACAACCUAUUUUCAGAAUUAUAUCAAGCCAAAAUAGCAAGUUACCAAAUUCAUGAAGUUGGAAUGAAUAGUCACUGAGAACACUUUUUAGUUCUUUAAGACUAUUUAAAUGUAUUUAUGGAGAAAGUUAAUUACCUUUAUAGAGGUACCUGAAGCACAUCACUCUUUGCUCAUUAACCAUCUAGCUGUUCCAAACCAUUUAUUUUUUUCCUCUUUUCAAAUAUAAAAAUAUUUAGAAUAUUCCAGAUGAUUCUUUUGUAGCUCCAAUAUCUUAAUAUCUUAAGUUACCUGUUUCAUCUCUAAAAAAACCUUCUGAAACCUAUCCCUAAAGCAAAUUUGGGUUCAUUUAUCUUGGAAUGAGACUUUCAACAUACUACACAAGCCUGAUGCAGCCCAUGAGCCAAGAGUUUACACAAUUCUGCAAUAGAUGCUUUAAAAUAAACUAAAAAAUGAUUAUGGUAGAAAAUGAAUAGCUUAGAAUGCCAUGUGCUGAAAUUGCCACUUCUUAGUUAAUUAAGUUGCAAUAUUUGAGCUAUGCAAUUUAUUACUAUAAAAAUAGACUACCAUAGGGACAUGAAAUAGUAAUAUCUAAAAAUUUGCUAAAUUGGGAUGAAAAAUAAUGCUAGCCUAAGUGUUUAUGGCAGAGUCUCCUAACAACAGUUUCUGAAAGCAUGUCCAUUGUAUUUAAUGAAAACAUAGCAGUGCCCUUUCACAAUUCCCAACAAUAUGACUCGCAAAAUGAGAACAUGGUGAGUAAUGCUCCAAAUAAAAAAUGUUGCUACCCAGGUGGUUUAUGAUUCAAAAUAGUUCUGACUGGGUUCAUGUAGAUGUGUUACAACUACACCAUUCCCUUAAUAUGUUUCAGUGAUAUAUUAAAAAAACCUGUAGAUCAUGUAUAACUUGGGGAAAUCUGCCGUUAAAUAAAAUUAACAUAAGUGUGAUUUUGUUUCUCAUGAUAUUGAAGAUAACUUGAAGUAUGUUCAUUGUAUUAUGUUUAAUAAUUAUGAUGACAGUGCACAUGGGAGGCACUGAGUUUUCAGUGUAUAUUACUGCUAGAUUACAUAAUCUAGCUCUUUAGAAGUGCUACUGCUCAUCUACAGUGACUACAUGUAAUAUACUGUAAAAUAUUAAUUUAAUUUAGUGCCACAGAUGAAACAAUGACAAGACAUAUGUGAUGUUGACUUCAAUUUUGGAUUUUGAUUUUCAUUUGAUUUAUGGGAAUAUGUACUAUGUGUUUUUCAAAAAAAAAUAAAUUGCCAAUCCUAACAUA